AUGUUCAAUGGGUUAAGAUACCAAAGUACCGUAAUCUUAGUCUUGGUAUGUUGGACACAACAAAUAUGUGGACUACAGAAUGGACUAGCACGGUAAGUACGACAUAAAAUGUCAUGAUGUUGUUGUUUAACUCAUAACACGUACAUAUAUUAAAUACUAUCAUGUGAUACGACACACAUUAUUCUAUACAUGUUACUAUAACAGUAAUCACAUGAUGCAAAUACAUAUUACUGUCAGUAACUAAACAUACCUAAAAUAUAUAAUUUCAGUCUACCACCAAUGGGCUGGAUGUCGUGGAGCUGGUUCAAGUGCGAGACUGACUGUGCGCGACACCCGAGUAACUGUAUCAACGAGGAGCUCUACUUCCAACAUGCAGAUCGACUGGUCAGCGAUGGAUACGCGGCAGUCGGCUACAAUACCAUCCACAUAGACGACUGCUGGACUGAACGGUCCAGGGAUUGGCAGAACAGACUGGUCGCCGAUCGUUACAGAUUUCCUCGGGGCAUUCAGGGACUGGUAAAUUAUGUAAGUUUAAGGUUACUGUAAUAUGCUACAGUAAUUCAUAAAAAAUAAUUUACUUUUCAUGUUUAGAUUAAUAUUGUAAUUGUUAUACCACAUAUGGUGCAGUUCAUUACUCGUAUUUUACAUUACUUUUGGUACAAUUUAAGAUAAAAUUUAGGUCCACAGUAGAGGGUUGAAGUUUGGAAUAUAUGCGGAUUACGGUACAAAGACGUGUGGAGGUUACCCUGGCAGUAAAGGAUACGAAGGUAUCGACGCUUGGGCCUUCGCGGACUGGCAGGUGGACUACCUUAAGCUAGAUGGCUGUUGGAGUACCAUCGUGGAGAUGGAAGGCGGUAAGGCAGCAUGAGCCUACCUUUAAAUUUUGCACAUUAAGUCAAAUUUAACUGAGCAAACUCAUCGUAUCUUCUUCAGGCUAUCCCCUCUUCUCGCAAUACCUAAACGCCUCAGGCCGUUCCAUCGUCUACUCUUGUAGCUGGCCCGCCUAUCUAGCGAUCAAGCCCAACAUCAACUACAAUCGCAUCGCUCAGGUGUGCAACUUGUGGCGCAACUACCCCGACGUCGACAACAACCUCUGGUCGAUAUUGUACAUCAUCAACGAGUUCAUCAAGGCCCAGGACCAGCUGAUCCCAGUCCACGGCCCAGGCCAAUGGCACGACCCGGACAUGCUGGUGAUUGGGAAUGGGAUCACAGAAGGCGCUUCCAGGAUCCAGAUGUCCGUCUGGUGCAUCUGGUCCGCUCCUUUGAUCAUGUCCAACGAUUUGAGGACUAUUUCGCCGAAUUUAAGAGCUAUUCUACAGAAUCGCAUCGCUAUUGGCAUCGACCAAGAUCCUAUGGGCAAAAUGGGACGAAUGGUACUCCGGGUAGGGCUAAAUACUUAUAUUUUUACCAAAAGACUUAAUUUAUGCACCAAUUUUAACAUUUAGUCUAUUUGACCUGCACCGUGCAAACAUUUAUUCAUUGCACGGUGCAGAGUUAUUUUUCUUUACAAACACGUUUUCUGAUUGCACAGUGCAAAAUCCCACUUUCUUUGCACAGUGCAACAAUGGUUCAUCACUGCACCGUGCAGUCAGUUUGUCGCUUCCCGUUUUGUCGCUUUUUUCCUUUAUUGUCGUUGUCAACCUUUAUGGGCGACAAAUCAAAAGAAUCUGUCGCCAAACUCGUUAAGCAUUUGAAAGCCUAAACGAUUUGGCGACAAUCUUGUCGCAUCUUGCCAGAACAUUUGUUUUAGCGUCAAAAGAAACCAAGCAACCUUUGCUGAAACUGCGACAAACCUUGUCGCAAAGUUGAAACACGAAUUUGUCGCAAAAUGUGAGCGACAAAAGUUUGACCCUUUACUUGCGACAAAAGCGACACAUUUUUUUCCAAUUUUGUCGCAGUUCAAAAAUGAAAAAAGGUGCAAAUUUGUCGCUUUUGAAUUGCAAUAAUGUUUGUCGCACGACAAAGUCGUCGCUGAUCAACAGCGACAGACUUUUGUCAUGUGCCGGUGUUUGCAAAACGACAAUUUCUUCUUUCUUUACGAGGAAUUGGCAUAUUGCGACAAUGAAAAGAACCGCACGGUGCAGUGGGGAAGCAGUUGAGCGACAAUCCUUUCUUUUGUCGCUGAAAAGUGUUCUUUCAAACAGUCUGCACUGUGCAAGAGCAAAGUCGAGUUGUUUGCACGGUGCAAAAAAGAAGAAGAUAGCGGCUGCACUGUGCAAGUCUUUGUAAUGACUCUUUGCACUGUGCAAUGGCUGGUCUUGCACGAUGCAAAGAUUGAUAAUAUAUUAAUUUCAGACGUCGCAGUUGUACUACUUUGUGAAGCAGAUUCUGCCGGUCAUAAACAACUCUGCGCGACCGCGAUGGUCGUUCGCUGUCGCUGUUAUCAAUCGUUCCAAUCAGCCAGCGGUCAGUUUUUUACUGUAACUUUUACAAAAUUUUAAGCGAAGGUUACUGUAAUCUGAGCAUUACUUGAUUACUGUAGUAUAGGUAUAAAAACGUAUUAAAUAAUGGUCGAAAAACUGUUUUAGGCGCGAUCGACCACUUUGUCGUCGUUAGGCUUAACUGACCCAAACGGUUACGACUGUAUGGAGGUAUGGUCCAAUAGGUACAUUGGGUACUAUCGGCACUGGAAUGCCUUUGUGGACCCGGUAAGGGCCACUGAUGCACUACUUUACAAGUGCACCAUUAGGACCAGGCAGGUAGACGAUUUUGCUAUUCGGCGACAAUUACUGAUACAGUAAUACAACGGCUAUUGGUACUGUGGUUACUGUAGCUUAGAAAUAACUUUUUAUUACAGUAA